GACGGAACCACCGACAGCGGCGCUCGUCGAUGACGUAAACGCCGCCUGUCUGACAGCUCAAAUGACUCCGUGAGAAUGAAGGCACUGUCUCCAACAAUAAACCACCACUUCACGCUGCGAUCCAGUUAAAUAAAAAUGAGCUCGGAUUAAAUCGAUCUGAACUUUAAUCCGUUGACUCGCGUGGCGGGCUGCAGCAUGUCGUUCCUCGUGGACUCCGUCAUCAUGUUCACCUCUCAGGUGCUCUUCUUUGGUUUCGGAUGGCUGUUCUUUAUGCGACAGCUCUUCAAAGAUUACGAGGUGCGGCAGUAUGUGGUCCAAGUCGUCUUCUCCAUCACCUUUGCCUUCUCAUGCACCAUGUUUGAGCUCAUCAUCUUUGAGAUUCUUGGUGCAUUAAGCAGUAGCUCCCGGUAUUUCCACUGGAAGCUGAACUUGUAUGUGAUCCUGCUGGUCCUCAUCUUCGUGGUGCCGUUCUACAUCGGCUACUUUGUGGUCAGCAACAUACGCCUGCUGCAGAGACAGAAGCUCCUGUUCGCGUGUGUGGUGUGGUUUACCUUCAUGUACUUCUUCUGGAAGCUGGGCGACCCCUUCCCAAUCCUCAGCCCCAAACACGGCAUCCUGUCCAUCGAGCAGCUGAUCAGCCGCGUGGGGGUCAUCGGGGUCACCCUCAUGGCCCUGCUGUCGGGGUUCGGUGCCGUCAACUGCCCCUACACCUACAUGUCCUACUUCCUCAGGAACGUGACGGACAGCGACAUCCUGGCCCUGGAGAGGAGGUUGCUCCAGACUAUGGACAUGAUCGUCAGCAAGAAGAAAAGGAUGGCGAUGACGCGGCGGCAGAUGUACCAGCGCGGCGAGGACCAGAACAAGCAGACGGGCUUCUGGGCCAUGAUCAAGAGCGUGACGUCCUCGCCGUCGGGCACCGAGAACCUCUCCCUGGUGCAGCAGGAGGUGGACGCCCUGGAGGAGCUGAGCCGGCAGCUGUUCCUGGAGACGGUGGACCUCCAGACCACCAAGGAGCGCAUCGAGUACUCCAAGACGUUCAAGGGGAAAUACUUUAACUUCCUGGGAUACUUCUUCUCCAUCUACUGUGUCUGGAAAAUCUUCAUGGCCACAAUAAACAUCGUGUUCGACCGCGUUGGGAAGACGGACCCCGUGACGAGGGGGAUCGAGAUCACCGUCAACUGGCUCGGCAUUCAGUUUGAUGAGAACAGUGAACUCCAGCGGUACACGGAAGUACUGCAGGUGAACCGUGACCUCUAG